AUGGCAUCCAAAUCACUUUCGCUGCUACACUAUGUAGUGGUUUUCUGUAUUAUGGUUCCAGCAUUUGCUGAUGAGUAUGACAUCAGCUCUGGGUAUCCCGUCACGGAGCCGACGAUCAUUAAGAACGCUGCUUCCAAGGGAGCAGUUUGUCUAGAUGGGAGUCCACCGGCUUACCACAUCAGCGAAGGCUUUGGAGCCGGAAAGGACAAGUGGAUGGUUUACCUCCUGGGAGGAGCUUGGUGUCCUACUGUCUCAGAUUGUUAUGGUCAAUUGCGUGGACAUCUUGGGUCUUCCAUAUAUUGGAAUGACACUAAACAAAAACAAAGAUUUGGAGGCAUACUUCACAACAUCUCCAAAUCGAAUCCAGACUUCCACAGCUGGACAAAAGUGAUGGUCAGAUAUUGUGAUGGAUCGUCUUUCACGGGAGAUGUGGAAAAUGUUGAUCCAGCCACUGGCCAACAUUAUAGAGGUAAAAGGGUUUUCGAUGCCAUUGUUGAUGACCUUUUAUCCACCAAAAGAAUGAAGGACGCCAAGGAAGUUUUACUGACGGGUGGUUCUGCGGGAGGAUUGGCAGUUAUAAUCCACUGUGAUCGUUUUUCCAAUCACUUUCCGGGAACCACCAAAGUCAAGUGUCUAUCCGAUGGCGGUUUUUUCCUUCAUUCCAACAAUCCUUUGCAAGCCCGAGGGUUGGAGUCCAUGUUUCGGGGCACAUUUGUUUUACAUAAUUCAACUGGAGCCCUACCUAAGGCUUGCAUUGAUCGAAUGAAAAGCAGCGGCAGAGAAGAAUACUUAUGCAUGUUCCCACAAUAUAUUGUGGAAGAUGUUAAGACGCCGUUGCUAGUCAUGGCCACUGUCUAUGACUCCUAUCAAAUAAAUAAGACAUUGUCAACCGUUCUUUACCAGGCAAUUAAGCACAAGAAAAUCUCCCCAACUCAGUAUGGUGUUUUAGAAACUUUUAGAUUUCAAUUUUUGAAUGUUGUGUAUAAAACAACAUAUAAGUUGUCAGGAGUUUUCCUUUCAAAUUGUUUUACGCACACCCAACUUACCUUCCAAGGUUGGCACAAUAGAAAUUAUGGAGUAAAUAAUAAGACCGAUACAGAGGUAAUUGGGGAGUGGUACUUCAAAGACAGAUCUCACAUACUAGAGAUUGAUACUAAUCGCUUGGUCAAAGACUGUAAUGACAAUGUUUACAUCAAUAAUUAA